AUGUACCGAGGGAAAACACCUCCAUUUCCAGCAAACACCACGGAUCCAAUUCUGCCAACCAGAAAAGGCAAGCCGGGCGUCGACGAUAUGGUCUGGCAGAAUCUCCUCUCUGCCGAAUGGGCUAUUUUCUCAUUCUACCAGCAAGGAGUAGAAGCCUUUAACAGGGCCUCUUUCGUCGAGGCUGGCUACCCCAACGCCACUUAUGAUCGGAUUCAGGAGAUCCGUGAUAACGAGGCUGGUCACCUGCGGAUUUUCCAAGAUCAGAUCUCGGACACGUCACGGAAGCCUGCAGCUUGCAAGUACCAAUACCCGUUUAAUGAUCCAGGGUCAUUUCUUGUGUUGUCCACCCUCAUCGAGAUAGCCAGUAUGGCUUUCCUCACUGGCCUAGUACAGAUGGCCAAGCUUCCGGCCUCACAGGGCGCCAUGACGGCUAUCGCAGCGGUCGAGACACGACACGAAGUGUGGUCCCUAAUGGACAUAUGGAACGUCAACCCCUUCUCGGGACCGUCGGAUACAGUCUUUCCAUACGCCAACCAGAUACUCGACUUAACAAAUGGCUUCGUCAUUAAAGGAAGCUGCCCCAAAGAGAAUCCCGUCUACCCCAACCCACGCCAAGGUCUUCUCUCACUUACCGUAAGCCCUGUCAAUAAGACGCUCACACCUGGAAGCACCAUUGUCUUCAAGUUCACACACAAUGAUGAUUUGCCGAAAUUCAAGAAGAACCACUACUGGCCCGAGAGAAAGAUAAUUGAUGUGAAGAUCCCGGAGGUCUUCGAAAGUAGAGGGAUCAUAAUCGCUGUUGUGACGGAUACUGUUGGGGCACCGACUAAGGAUACGGUUUUAGCUGGCCCAGCUAUUAUUCUUCAGCAGCCAGCCGAGCUUGGAGUAAAGGUCGCCGAAAUCGUUUAA